AUGGCUGGCAUCGAUGCCCUUCUCGCCUCCCAGGAAGAGGGCAUCUCCAGCUCUGGGCUCAGGAAACGCCGGCUUCCUGACCCUCAAGAGCUGAAGCAGCGCCUAGAAAAUGAGCUUCUCAUGCCCUCUCCCGACUUUUCCGUCGAGUGGCUGGACCGCCUGCAGCAGCGAUGGGACUUUGAGGCCGACUACACGGAUCUCUUCAGGAUCGCUCCGCCCCAGACUCGCACUCUGACGAGGUUCCUGCGCCACGGGCUCGAGGGCCGCGUGACGGGGUACAAGAACGUCACCGUGCCCAUGAGCGGCGCCACGGCAAAGAACUCGACCAGUCUUCUCCGGAAGCCAGCUAGCAGGGCCGAUUUCGUGAGGGGCGCCGCUGGCUUCUUCCCCUUUGCGCCUGGCGGGCUGGAGGGCAUCGAGGCUACCGCGGCGCUGGAGGACCAGAUUCAUGCGGGCAAUGCCGCUGCCGACGAUUCCGCUGCGGGAAGCAAGCUGGAGCGGGUGAUUCAGCUGGGUGAUGAAGGGGGACUGCUGCAGACUGCCCCUGGAAUGACCCGCGGUAUCGACUUUAGCAAGAAGACGGCCGUGGACGAGUCUACUGCUGAGGCCAUCAAGCAGGAGCUCGAAGAGGAUCCAGAGGAGGCAAAGAGCACUAAAGUGGAGGAUUCCUCGUCACCUGAUGAAGCCUCGGGAGACUUGGCGGAGGACGAGGACAACGGAGACGAUAUUGACGAUCUGCUGCCGGUUGAGUUCCCAUCUCUCGAGCCACAUGGUGUCCUCGCAGCAUCCAGCGCCAAAAAGGCAGGCCGUGAGUGGGCGCACAUGGUCGACAUAAAGCAUGACAUGCCCAACUUCAGAGAGCUCGUCCCCGAUAUGGCUCGGGAAUGGCCCUUUGAGCUGGACACGUUCCAGAAGGAGGCCGUGUAUCAUCUGGAAAACGGCGACUCCGUCUUCGUGGCAGCUCACACGUCUGCUGGAAAGACUGUCGUGGCCGAGUACGCCAUUGCUCUGGCGGCCAAGCACAUGACCAAGGCCAUCUACACAUCGCCCAUCAAGGCCCUCAGCAACCAAAAGUUCCGCGACUUUCGGCAGGAGUUUGAUGAGGUGGGCAUCCUGACGGGUGACGUCCAGAUCAACCCCGAGGCCAGCUGCCUCAUCAUGACAACGGAGAUUCUGCGCAGCAUGCUGUACCGAGGCGCAGACUUGAUUCGAGACGUCGAGUUUGUCAUCUUCGAUGAGGUGCACUACGUCAAUGACUACGAGCGCGGUGUCGUGUGGGAGGAAGUCAUCAUCAUGCUUCCCGAACACAUCUCCCUCAUCUUGCUGUCAGCCACCGUCCCCAACACGCACGAGUUUGCCUCUUGGGUUGGUAGAACCAAGCAACGAGACAUUUACGUCAUCUCUACGGCCAAGAGACCUGUUCCCCUCGAGCACUACCUUUGGGCUGGCAAGAACAUCCACAAGAUUGUGGAUGCGGACAAGAAGUUCCUGGAGAGCGGUUGGAAGGAUGCCCACAAGGCGACGCAGAGCAAGGAAAAGGCACCCGCCGCUACCAGUACUGUCGCCGUCAGGGGAGGCAACUCUCAGGGGAACCAGCGAGGAGGAGUAGGAGGACGAGGAGGCGCUCAGAGGGGCGGCCAGCAACAACGCGGAGGACGAGGAGGCGGCCAGCAGAGAGGCCGAGGAGGCCCCCCUCGCGCCAGCCACAACCCUGGCCACAUGGGACGUGCCGGAAACCCUGGCGGGCGGACAUCGGCUGCUCAAGACAAGAAUCUUUGGGUGCACAUGGUCCAGUUUUUGCGAAAGCAGGCUCUUCUGCCAGCUUGCAUCUUUGUCUUCUCCAAGAAGCGAUGCGAGGAGAACGCCGAUGCCCUGAGCAACCAAGACUUUUGCACUGCUUCGGAGAAGAGCGCGAUCCACAUGGUGAUUGAAAAGUCCAUUGCCCGUCUCAAGCCCGAGGAUCGAGUCCUGCCACAGAUCAUCAGGCUUCGAGAGCUUCUCGGCAGAGGUAUUGCCGUCCAUCACGGUGGCUUGCUGCCAAUCGUCAAGGAGUUGGUGGAGAUUCUGUUCGCUCGAACGCUUGUCAAGGUCUUGUUUGCCACGGAGACGUUCGCCAUGGGACUCAACCUGCCCACCCGAACGGUGGUGUUUUCGGGAUACCGCAAGCACGACGGCCAUUCGUUCCGCAACCUGCUGCCUGGCGAAUACACGCAAAUGGCUGGUCGAGCCGGCCGUCGAGGUCUCGACAAGGUCGGCUCAGUCAUCAUCGUGCCACCGGGCGGCGACGAUGUACCCCCUGUGGCCGAGCUGCGCAGCAUGAUCUUGGGAGAGCCGUCCAAGCUCAAGUCUCAAUUCAGACUGACGUACAACAUGAUUCUCAACCUGUUGAGAGUGGAAGCGCUCAAGAUUGAAGAGAUGAUCAAGAGGAGCUUUUCCGAACAUGCCACGCAGCAGCUUCUCCCAGAGCACGAAAAGGACGUCAAGCUGGCUCAAGCAGAUCUUGCUAAGGUCAAGAGAGAGCCCUGCAAGAUUUGCGACAACGUGGUGGACGAGUGCCACCAGGCCGCCCAGGACUACAAGCGGCUGACGACGGAGCUGUACAAGGGCUUGCUGAAGAUAUCCUUUGGGCGAAGGAUGUUUUCGCCGCAGAGGCUGAUUGUCUUCAACUGGGAUGGCAUCCGCACCGCCGGUAUCCUCCUCGCUGAAGGCAUGAGCCCCAAGGGCUCCUUUGAGGACCCCAUCCUGCACGUCUGCGCCAUCAAGCCGCUUCGAGAGCGCCGCGACAUUACGGACCAGCUGCCCUUCAUCCCCGCGUUCCGCAAGUACAUGCAGAAGCUUCCUCAGGGGAAGAGGCGUCUUACUACUAAGAAUAUGUUUGUGCCCCUGAGCGAUGUCGAAUGCCUGACUAGGUGGGUUCUCAAGGGAGUCAUCCCGGAGAUUUUCAAGGGGGGUGCUCCCGCACACGAAGCCCUCGACAAGAUUCAGGAGAUCUGUUCGUCGUGGGAUGAUCGGUGGGACGAGAUAGAUAUGGCCAAGGUGAAGAGCUUGCCGCUGCAGGAGCUGAUGGAGAAGCGAUGGCAGCUGUCCAAGACGAUGGCCAACUCUGCAGCCUUGCGGUGCCCUGCCUUUUUGAAGCAUUAUGCCAUGUGCCACGAUGAGUGGCUCAUCACCGAGCAUAUUGCUCAGCUGAAACAGACGCUCUCGGAUCAGAAUCUUCAGCUGCUCCCCGACUACGAGCAGCGCGUGCAGGUGCUGAGAGAGCUCGAUUUCAUCGACGAGUCGUCGCGCAUCCAGCUCAAGGGCAAGGUGGCCUGCGAGGUCCACUCUGGCGACGAGCUGGUCCUGACCGAGCUGAUUCUCGACAACGUGCUGGCCGACUUUGACCCCGCCGAGAUUGCGGCCCUCUUGUCCUCGUUCGUGUUCCAGGAGAAGACGCUGACGGAGCCUACCCUGACCGGCAACCUGGAGCGUGGACGUGAUACUAUCAUUGCCAUUUCCGAAAAGGUCAACGACGUGCAGACGCGGCUGCAGGUGAUUCAGUCGAGCGAGGACUCCAACGACUUUGUGUCGAGGCCGCGGUUCGGCCUGAUGGAGGUGGUGUACGAGUGGGCCAGGGGCAUGAGCUUCAAGAACAUUACGGCGCUCACGGAUGUGCUCGAGGGCACGAUUGUGCGAACCAUUACGCGACUCGACGAGACGUGCCGGGAGGUGAAGAACGCGGCGAGAAUCAUUGGCGAUCCGGAGCUGUAUCAGAAGAUGCAGCAGGCGCAGGAGAUGAUUAAGAGGGAUAUCACAGCCGUGGCGAGCUUAUACAUGUAG